GUGAUCGCAACCUUCUGACCCGCUGCUGCCUUUCGUCCGACCCACCGCCGCGGCACCGCCGACCGGACGAACCCUUUCCUCGACGCCGCCCUAGGAAUAGGAUCUGCGCCGCCGUCGCCCAACGAGCCGCCCGUCGUCGAGUCCUCCUCGACGCUGGUCGAGGAUCCAGUCCACCUGGAGCUGCACCAAGGACGCACCCCCCGGACAUAGAAGUGUAAACUGUGCGGCAAUUGUUUACACAUGUCCAUCUUUCGCUUCAUUCUCCCGAGAAUAGAAAGAAGUAGAGGCUGGAGAUGCUUUGCUACUGGAAUCCCUUCUGAUUCUAUAGCGGAGCUCAAUAGGGAAAUGGAAUCGAUAUUUGGCGAAUCUCCUUCAGCCAGCCCUUUGGGCUCAAAUCCUCCGCAGCAAGUAGUCCAUCCCACUCCUGCAGCCCGGGAGACACAACCGGGUCUUACCCAUGUUGAUUGCAGUGGCCAGGCAAAGAUGGUUGAUGUCUCACCCAAACAUGACAGUGAGAGAGUAGCUAUAGCCAGUUGCAGGGUCUUGCUAGGCCAGAAGGCAUUUAACUUGGUGGCGUCAAACCAGAUUGCCAAAGGCGAUGUACUUACUGUUGCAAAGAUAGCUGGAAUAACUGGUGCGAAGCAAACUAGUAACCUCAUACCCCUGUGCCACAACAUUAAUCUCUCCCAUGUUCGUGUUGAUCUCACUCUCAAUGAAGAGGACUCUAGUGUUGUCAUAGAAGGGGAAGCCACCACUUGCGGGAAGACAGGGGUUGAAAUGGAAGCAAUGGCUGCAGUGACCAUUGCCGGACUGACGGUUUAUGACAUGUGCAAAGCAGCUUCAAAGGACAUAUGUAUAACAGAUAUCUGUCUCCAGCACAAAUCGGGGGGAAAGAGUGGAAACUGGUCCAGGAAUUAGAAGCUUCAGUUGCUUUUCUGAGGAUAUGAAUGCAGGCCUGAAUUCUGACACCAGAAGGUUUUGAUUUGCUUUAAAUUUGUGCACACUAGAUGUUAAAUCUUUGAGCCAUCAGAGAAGGUUAUUUUGAAUUCCCUGCCUGUUAAUGCACUGCCCAACUGGUUAUGUUACCCAUGGUUUGUUGUGCAUUCUCCAUUGCUGCUCAUUGUACACAGACUGGUAUGCACAUGUCAACAUAAGGUGGAGUAAGUGAAAGUUGAGAAUAAAUAUGUUGACAUUUUUGUGUC